UGGCGGCGGGUCCAGGGCACAGAGCUGACCGGUCUUGACCGUCUUGCCCCAUACCAGACACCAGAUGACGCUCUUGUCUUACUGUCCUGCCCUUUUUGCGCUAAAGAUCCCUGCCUGGUCCUCAACAACCAACAGCUCAAAGUUUACCGGACACGUUUCUCCUAUUCAUCAAUAUCCCCAUUGAGUAUCAAAGCCAAUUUAUGACUGGCCAACAUGCGCACGUGAUCCCGUACAAAUACCCCAUAUUUGGGCAGCCCACGUCGGAUCAAGAAUUAAAAAAAGAUACCAAAGCCUACUCCACCUAUAAAUCCUGGAUUAUUUUUUAGGGCAGACAGCUGUGAAUUUUCCAAAAGCGGCAACAAAGAAAAGCAAUGACCAACAAAAACAAGGAAAUACCCGCAACGUGUAGCCCGCAGCCCUGUCUAGUUUAAAAAGAAAGUGUCGGUGGUAGUUUGAAAUGAGCUCUGUUGACAGCUCCAGUCUCAGGCAAACAAGCGAGACAAGUUCUCCUAACACUAUGUUUAGUUUCGAUCUAUCUGGGCGCGUGUCCAGCCAUUAUGAGGGUGUUAAUGUGAACGGGAUAUUCUCUUGUCCCGUCCCCACGACCUCUGUUCAACGGGAGGAGAUGAAAACUAGCCUGCGUGGCAAUACGGAUAUUCCACUCCCGUCAGGACCACAAAUAACCAUGGUCUCCAGUAGCUCGUCUGUGGACGCCAGCGGGCUCAGCUACGGCAGCAGUAAGCUGCUCGGACGUGGGGCUGGCAGAGACCCGGAGAGAAGCGCAAAAUCCGGCGGCAACAUGAGCCAGGAGAGCGACAGAAACGCGGAUAACACGCAGUCCGUGAAACGAAACACAAACGUGAACCAGCCUGAGGAUAGUGAGCAGCGACCACAGAUUUAUCCAUGGAUGACAAAACUGCACAUGAGCCACGAAUCGGAGGGUAAGCGGUCCAGGACCAGUUACACCCGCUAUCAGACUCUGGAGCUGGAGAAAGAGUUUCACUUCAACCGGUACCUGAGCCGCCGCAGGCGCAUAGAGAUCGCCCACACUCUGUGUCUAAACGAGAGGCAGAUCAAAAUCUGGUUCCAGAACAGACGAAUGAAGUGGAAGAAGGACUCAAAAAUCAAAGUGAAGGAGUAAAAAAUGGCAUCAGCGAACGCGGUGCAUGCAGCACGUUUUCAGCCCUCACUGCACAAUGCUGGAGUGCCGCCUGACCUUCGGAUGAACUGCUAGGAGCAAUGACAUCAUGACACCGCUCUGUGUGCUUCAUCACCAAUUAUGUGUCACUUGCUGCAGUUUGGGACCUAAUGUAUUGAAUAUCGCUCACUUUGAUCAAUCGGUUUACAUUUCUAAAUUAAUUUGCUGCCCAUGCGAUGAUAGCCUCACUUUACUGCACGAGAGGAACAGGGGGUCGAGGGUGAGCUGGAACCGUCCCGCUGCAAAGCUUUGGUCUGCAGUACACUGAAAAGGUGCACACAAACACUAAAAGAAGAAAAAAAUAAAAUGUUUUUAAAUUAUGUAAGCGAGAGAUAACCUGAAUAGCUCCCAACUUUAUAUCACCAUGCAUCAAAGGGGUCAGUGAAUCAAAUAAAGUCAAAAUAAAUACUAAUUCUGACUUAUCGGAAAAUCCUUAGCAACAGUUAAGUUGUCUUACAAAUACUACUUCUCUCCAUUUUUUUCUUUUUCUUUGAAAUUGACUCUGUGACAUGUUGCAUUUAGGAUGCUGUUGAAUGUGUGCUCAAUAAGCAAUGUCGUCGUGAGUGGAUUUCGUGUGAAGACACCAUCCCUGUUGUCUGUCAUAUUCUUGUGACUCUUGAAUCAUUAUGUACAAUUCAGUGGCUGUUUGUGAUAAUGUUGUAAUGUGCAAUGGAACAAUUUCUCUUCCCUCCUUUGUAAACUUAAGGUGCCUGAUUAACACUGGGCCUACAAUAACUGAUAGAUGGCCUGUUCGUUGAUUGUAACCAAUAAAGACUCAUUAAAAGUAAAGGAA